AUGGCCUCACGAUCACUGAGCAGGCCCUUACGGUCUGCUGUCCGCGCAGCAGGCAUCCAGGAUGGCGUCAAUGCCACGGUGGCGCGGAGGGCAUUUGCGACAACAGCAGGACGAAGGGCAGAGAUGACAGAGGCGAAGCCUUCGAAGCUGCCCAAGGCCGAUACUAGCGACCUACCGAACCUGCGACACGCACAGCGAGGGCCAGAGGGACGAAUUCAUGCUCCAAUUGUGAACCCAGCAGACAAGUUCCAGGAGAUGGGCCAGUCACUCCACCAAUAUGGACAAUAUCUGCUCUCUUGCUUGCCUAAAUAUAUCCAGCAAUUCUCCGUCUGGAAAGACGAACUGACAAUCUACAUCACCCCCACCGGCGUCAUCCCAGUCUUCACCUUCCUCAAAUACCACACCGCCGCCGAGUUCACCGCCGUAAUGGACAUCACCGCCGUCGACUUCCCGACCCGCGACCAACGCUUCGAAGUAGUCUACAAUAUGCUCUCCGUGCGCCACAACUCCCGUAUCCGAGUCAAGACCUACGCCGAUGAAGCGAGCCCCGUGCCCAGUAUCUGCGAUCUAUACGAUGGAGCAAAUUGGUAUGAGCGCGAAGUCUACGAUCUCUUCGGUGUAUUCUUCAGUGGUCACCCUGAUCUGAGGAGAAUAAUGACGGAUUAUGGAUUUGAUGGACAUCCUCUCAGGAAAGACUUCCCACUCACGGGGUACACGGAGAUCAGGUACGACGAGGAGAAGAAGCGGAUUGUGGUCGAGCCGCUCGAAUUGACACAGGCGUUCCGGAAUUUCGAGGGAGGCACGGCGGCUUGGGAGCAGGUUGGGCCGGGGCAGGAUAGGAAGCCGGAAACAUUCAAGCUGCCGACACCCAAGCCUGAGCCUAAGAAAGAAGAAGAGAAGAAGAAGUAG